UAAUGUAAUUUUUUGUUGUUCUGUGUGUGUUGCAACUGGGUCGUUAUGUCCACCCCGCAGAAAAUCUGUUAUUUCUGUUGCUCCCAUUUGUGAGCUCCCACUCCCUUCUGCCCUUCUCCACCACUCCCCCCCUCCCCGCACCAGUGUUAUAAUUGUUUCGAUUGGGGAUUUUUUUCCUUUUUCAUCAAAAGAUGCGGUGUAAUUCUCCAUGUCAAGCUGCAGAAAUGGAAGAUCCACGCAAUGUUGAGAUCAUGGGCAUUUAUGAGUCGAUAUUAGAAAGGAAGCGUCACGACAGUGAAAGAUCCUCUGGCAGUACAUUGGAACAGAAUGAUAUUGAAGCUGUGGAGGCUCUUGUUUGUAUGAGUUCCUGGGGUCAAAGGACCCAAAAAGGGGAUCUCUUAAAAAUUCGACCACUGACACCUGCUUCAGACACAGAUUCUGUGCACUAUGAAUCUGUUCCCCCAAUGUUGCAGAGGGACUACCACUCAUUGUCUUUACUUUGUAUGACUCCACCACACAGUCCUGGUGAAUCAGGUAAUGCUGCCCUGGUGCCACAACUUACUUACGCAAAGCCAACAGCGGUCACUGUAAACACUGGAGUCUACACAGUGAACACCAUGACCACAAAGCCUAUCGCAGUGAACAUUCAGGAGUUUUCAUGUGAGAAGCCUCUUUCAGCUGAACCUAGUGUUGCUCAUCACUGCAGGUCAGUGGCCACUAGUGUCAUCCGUCACACUGCUGAUAACUCUCCCUGCAACCACAUUCCUUCACCGCUGAUUGAAAGACUGGACUCAAGUAGUCAAAAUCUUAGGACAGAGAUGAAAGGAAAAGUAUCAAGCCAAUGUAAGCAUGCUAAGGACAUGCGCACUUCUACAGAUUUUGCAAGUAAAUGCUUUUUGCAGCAGAAUUGCACCAGCCUAGUUACCAAGGACCAACAGCAAGCGGUGCCCUCCUUAGCACUGCCUUGUGCACCAGAUAAAGUUGAUACUGAACAUCAAAAAUUAGCCAGAUCUUUACCAGCACGCUUACCAUCUAUACCUGUGACAAACACUCCAGUUAUUUGCCAGAUGUUCCCAGUGAAUGGAAGAGGAAGAGGAGGAGGGGGAGGUGUCAUUUCGGCAUUCAUCCAAACCCAGCCCAACUGUGUAAAGCCUGCAGUUACCCAGGUGACUCCAGUUUCUCAACCUCUUUUGAUGGGAACAUCCAUGCCACAAGGAGCUGUGAUGUUUGUGCUACCCCAACCCUCUCUCACGCCACCAUCUCCAGGUCAACAGACAGUGAUGACAGUUGGCAACACAAAGUUAUUGCCGCUUGCACCAGCUCCAGUCUUUGUCUCGUCAGGCCAAAACUGUGUACCGCAGAUGGAUUUCUCUAGAAGACGCAAUUAUAUUUGCAGCUUUACUGGAUGCAGGAAGACCUACUUCAAGAGUUCUCACUUAAAAGCACACCUCCGAACUCACACAGGCGAGAAACCAUUUAACUGUAAUUGGGAAGGGUGUGACAAAAAGUUUGCACGCUCAGAUGAGCUUUCGCGACACCGCAGGACUCACACCGGAGAGAAGAAGUUCAAAUGCCCUGUUUGUGAUCGACGCUUCAUGCGCAGUGACCACCUCACCAAACAUGCUCGUCGUCAUAUGACUACAAAGAAAGUACCCAAUUGGCAGGCUGAGGUUAACAAACUGAAUAAAAUUGCUGCAUCGACACCUUCUGUCAGGAAUCCUGCCAUCCCCAUGACAAGUGUAUUGAUUUCUCCACCAACAUCCGCCUAAAUGAGAUAACCUACAGAGAAUUUGCACUAUGUUGUCAGAAAAUUAAAACUGACUAAAUUGUCAGUAGGGACUGAACAAGCAGCUGUUGUCUGAUGGACUUUUAAAGCAAUUCUGAAUGCUGCAUGUUUUUACUGGAUUCUCAAGUAUGAAUUCAUUUCUCUUUCCUAUGUAUGUGAGUAGUGACAAGAUACAUUUGUAAACUAGCUGGACCUGAAAAUCUGAUAAGCCUAAGGGUGGAAUUUUCCUUUCAUUUGUAGCAGUGAAAUUCUACCAGUGUUCAGCAUGGAAAGCUAUCAUCAUAUUGUAAACCUUUAAUUGUAAUGUAAAUAGUAUUUGCUAUGCACAUUGUAUACUUGCUCUAUUUAAUAAAACAAUUUUCAUGUA